AUGAAGCCCACUCAGCUUCUCAUGGCUCUUGCUACCAUUGCCUAUGCGACCCGCGCCGUAGAGCAGACAAUGGCCCCCCCUCUCGCUGAACUCGACACGCAUUCCCAACCGCAUUUCAAGCGCUGCGGCAAGAAGGGCCCACCGCCGUACUAUGGAGAAUAUCCAUAUCCCAACCAAACUUAUAACCAGCUCACCGACGGGACGCCUUGCCGCAAUGUCACCCUGAUCUACGCGAGAGGAAUGGGGGGAAAGGGAAACGUAGGAGAAGUAAAUGGUGUCGGUCCUAUCAUAUUCAAUAGACUUGCCACGAUUAUUGGCGGCCCAGAGAAGUUGGCCAUUGCAGGUGUGAAGUACAAGGCGAAUAUGAAGACCGUUAUUCAGAAAGGCCCCAGAGAGGGCGGUCGGGCCAUGAGUGAGCUUAUCAACCGGGCCGCAACCCAAUGUCCCGGUACCAAGAUUGUUCUCGUCGGUCACAGCGUCGGCGGUGCGUUGGUGCAUCAAAGUGCUGAGAACAUAACUACUGAGGUGACGGCGCGCAUCGCCGCUGGUUAG